CCCGGUGACUUAGUUUGAAAGUCAACCCAGCAAGGCUCAGUUCUAAAACUUGAGCUUAUCUCCCAGAAGGGUUUCUUGACGAGCAAGUCCAGAAUCUAAGGAUAUAAUUUGUAAGUGCUGAACUGAACAAUGGAUUAUCAGUCGAGCAUCUUCCAGGACAAUAAUCCUAUGGAGAAUCUGGAAAAACAGCUGAUCUGCCCUAUUUGUCUAGAGAUGUUCUCCAAGCCUGUGGUGAUCCUACCUUGCCAGCAUAACCUCUGUAGGAAAUGUGCUAAUGACAUUUUUCAGGCCGCCAAUCCAUACUGGCAAACAAGCCGAGGAACUACCAUAUCAGGAGGACGGUUCCGGUGUCCCUCUUGCCGACAUGAAGUCAUCCUGGACCGCCAUGGAGUCUAUGGUCUCCAGAGGAAUCUGCUGGUGGAGAAUAUCAUUGAUAUCUAUAAACAGGAAUAUUCAAGCCGUCCGCUCAAGAAGGGAAACAACCCCAUGUGCAAGGAACAUGAAGAUGAAAAGAUCAACAUCUAUUGCUUGACCUGUGAGGUUCCUACCUGUUCUAUGUGCAAAGUCUUUGGAGCACACAAAGACUGUGAAGUGGCACCUCUUCAAAGUGUCUUUCAGGGACAAAAGACUGAGCUAACCAACUGCAUCUCCAUGUUGGUAGCAGGGAAUGACAGGGUGCAGACAAUCAUCAGCCAGCUGGAGGACUUGUGCAAAACGACAGAGGAGAAUAGUCGGUUGGCUAAGCAGUCUCUGUGUGAGAAGUUUGAAGCUCUCAUUGCUGUCCUUGAGGAGAAGAGGACAGACCUUCUGCAGCGUAUCUCCAAGGAGCAGGAGGAGAAGGUUGGGUUCAUGCAGAACCUCAUCCAAGAGUAUAAAGAUCAACUGGAGCAGUCCUCCAAGCUGGUCGAGACUGCCAUUCAGUCUAUGGAGGAAGAAGGAGGAGCAGCUUUUCUCAUGACUGCCAAGCAGCUUAUUAAAACAAUCGUGGAUGCAUCGAAAGGUGGUCAGUUGGAGAAAGUUGAGACAGGCUUUGAAAACAUGGACUACUUUGCCGUAGAUUUGGAAAGCAUCACAGAAGCCUUGAGAAGCAUCAACUUUGAGGCAGAUGAAGAUGACGAAGAACUGAAUGAGGAAGAGGGAAGAGAAGAGGAACAGCAAACAGAUGGUGCGCAGUAACCAGGAAGGAACGUGAAAUUCCAAGGACAAAGCAAGCAGAAAGUCUGGCUCUAUAGGAUUUGGACAGGGAGAAGGAAGAGGAGGGAUGGGGUGGGGGGAACCCAAACUGGAUGCCCAUCAGGUUAAGAGGGCAAAGCCCAGCUGAUGGAGGCUCAUUUGGGAUGUUGAAUUUGUGGCAAGGCAGGAAGGCAAAAAUGCACAGAGACACUUUAUACACGGGUGCAACAUGGAACUUUUCAUACAUGUUAUAUAUUGUGAUUUUCUUUUGUACAUAAUUCUUCAGGACACUUGAUUUCUUUUGGGGAGGGGAGGGUGUUUAAAGAAAAUAUAAGAUUUUGUUGCUACUGUCACAUCAGAGCACACUGUUCCACCAACUGAAGGCAGUUGAUUCUGGGAAUUAAGUUAAAAUGUUUCCAUCAGCAGAUCGGACGUAGUCAAGCGAGAGUCAAUUUUGUUGUGCUUUUUAAUCUAUGAAAAAUACUGCCUGCCUAGAAGUGAAUGUAAAUGAUAUGUUUGUUCUUCUUUGUUGUAUAUAGUUACAUAAUAAAAUA